AUGCCUCCCCUGAAAGGGUUCUCUGAUAAUCCCUUACAAACAAGGGAUGACCUGGAGUUGGCAGCUCUGUCCAUACUAGAGCCAUUGCAUGCAUACUUCUCUCCUGGUCGAGCCAAAAUUCGCCUUCCCGUUGGGACAGGUGCGCAUUUUGAUGAUUUGGCCGCUCAGUUGGAAGGGUUUGCUCGUCCACUCUGGACAGUUGGUGCCAUUCUCUCGGGUUCGAGCAACAGCACAGGGACUCCUUUAUCGGCUCGUUACAGGGAAAUACUGGAGCCAUGGAUUGAAGGCUUUCGCUCUGGCACGGAUCCAGAUCAUGAAGACUACUGGGGUGAGAUCAGCGAACUAGGUCAGCGCAUGGUAGAAGCUGAGAUAAUAUCGUUUGCCUUGAUCUCUGCCCCGGAUGUCCUUUAUCACAACCAGGAUAAGCGGACAAAGUACAAUAUAGAAGCUUGGCUGCGUGGCAUGAACAACAAGCCAAUGCCCGAUAACAACUGGCGAUGGUUUCGAGUUAUUUCGAAUCUUGCCCUCAUCCGCGUCUGCAGUGUACCAGCCCAAGAGCUUGCCAGCACAAUGGACUCCGACUUCGCUAUUUUGGACUCGUUUUACCUCGAGGAUGGCUGGUCCGGUGAUGGUCCGUGGCUGAGCACUGAACAGGAAAUGCAACAAGACGCGGCGUACGAAAAGACAGGCCGAAGAGAUGCAAUAGGUCCCGGACGUCAAGCGGACUAUUACUCUGGAAGCUUUGCGCUUCAGUUUAGCCAGCUUCUGUAUAUCAAAUUUGCCAGUGAUAUUGAUCCGCAGCGGGUCGCCAAAUAUCAGCAGCAGGCGAGAGAAUUUGGGGCUUCGAUCUGGAAAUAUUUUGAUGCAGACGGCUCAGCAAUACCAUUCGGUCGGUCUCUUACAUACCGAUUCGCUUGUGGCGGGUUCUUUGCGGCUCUAGCUGUAGCAAAGGUUCCGGACAUGCCAUUCCCACUGGCAGACCCGGGUAGUAUCAGGGGCUUCCUGUUGCGCCACCUCCGUUGGUGGGCGAAGAACUCGGAUGACAUUUUCCAUGCUGAUGGUACCCUGAAUAUAGGCUGGAAGUACCCCAAUAUGUUCAUGUGUGAGGACUAUAACUCUCCACAGUCGCCUUACUGGUGCAUGAAAUCACUUAUUGCUCUGUCUUUGAGCCAAGACGACGAGUUCUGGACUGCCUCAGAACAGCCUUAUCCGCCGCUAUUCAAGCCCAGCCUUGUCCCUGCUCCAAGGCAGAUUGUCAGCAAUCACCCGAUGGGUAAUCACCACUUCUUUCUGUCGCCAGCCCAGUUCGUCGCCUGGCCUAUGAAGGCAACACAGGCCAAAUACUCCAAGUUUGAGUACUCGUCGGCAUUCACUUUCUCUGUUCCUACUGGCCCACUGAUUCAGCAAAUUGCACCAGACUGUAUGCUGGCUUUGAGUCGUGAUGGGGCUGAGACCUGGGCAGUGAAAUGGAAAUGCUCACAAGCUACGUUUCCCCAAGCUAUCCUAUACGCCAAUGGGGAUAAAUCUUCAAUUACCAUUGCAAAGGUACGUUGGUGUCCUUGGGGAGAUAGGCAGAUCGAGAUUGAGACAACCCUUGUUCCGCCGACGGAUCGAUGGCCAGAUUGGCACGUUCGCCUUCACCGUAUUCGUGUGAAGACUUCGUUGCGAACUCUACAUACGAUUGAAGGCGGGUUCGCAUCGCCAUCACGUUGCGCCAAAGACGGCACCAAACUUCCCUUUAUCAAUAAGCUUGCUGCCGACGCAGAGAUCAGGACGGCCGAAGGCAUUCUCGGAUCCGAAGAUUGCACCCUGAUACUCUCGGCUGCUGGCUGCAGCGGUGUAUCGGUUGCAUCGCUGAAGACUGCACCAUUGCUGCCACAAAUAAGCUCCAGUGCCCUUCAGCCAGAUUCUAACACAAACUUGGCCUAUCCCCGAACCGUGAUACCAGUCGUGGAGCGCAACAAGACCGACGGGUUGGAAGCUGGUACUGAGUUUGUUUUUGCGACGAGCGUAUUUGCCAUAUCGGCCGGUGCCAAUGGUGGCAGGGAAAUUGUUUCCAGAAGCCUAGCUGAGAGAUGGGCAGAUAAGCCCCAGAUUUGUAUUUCAUCUGGUGAUGGGUACACUAAAGGGGCAGAUUGCAUAGUCUUGGACGGUUGA